AUGGAGUAUUUGUUGAAAUCUCAAGAAAAUCGAUUUCAAAGCUUUGUUGAAAGCAUUGAACAGAAACAAGCCGAAGGGUUCGCUAUUCAUUCCAAGAGCUUUGACUACGAGAUUCAGAAGCUUCAUUAUAUUGCAAAGGAACGUCAUGAAAAUUUUGUUGAUCAAGUAACGAAGAUGAAGGAAUAUGUGGAUCUCAAAGUUGUCGAACUAAAAUCUGAGAUGUCAAAAGAAGUUCAGAAGAUGGAGCAAAAAUAUAGUUUGUUGCAUAGCAAAGACGAUGUCCUUGCGACUGCUAUCACUAACUUGGUUGAGUUCAACAUUGAGUAUUCACACAAACUUGAAGCAAAUUCAGAAAAGGGUUCUCAUGUAUUUAAAAGCUAG